GAUUUACGACUUUGUGGGUGUGGUAACUAGUGACGAGGCGUUGCUAUCGAGUAGAACCAGAAACAUUACUUACGCCAAGACCACCGUGAAGGAAUUAUCCAAAACAUGUCUCACACGAUCCUGUUGGUCCAGCCUACUAAGAGACCAGAGGGGAGGACAUAUGCUGAUUAUGAAUCAGUCAACGAGUGCAUGGAAGGUGUUUGUAAGAUGUACGAGGAACACCUAAAGAGAAUGAACCCCAAUAGUCCAUCCAUCACAUAUGACAUCAGUCAACUGUUUGACUUCAUCGAUGACCUGGCUGACCUCAGCUGCUUGGUGUACCGUGCGGACACACAGACGUACCAGCCGUACAACAAGGACUGGAUCAAGGAGAAGAUUUACGUGCUGCUGCGGCGUCAGGCCCAACAGGCUGGGAAAUGAGACUCUGGACCCGUUCCAGGCUGACUACACUGCAGACGCAUGAUCUCACAAUGUCUGGUUGGGUGUUUAACAUGUCGGCUAACCACAUCCUACGAUAUAUAGAUAUAUAGCAAUCUGAUGACAACUGCGCAGUCGCUGACAUUGGUUGAUGCCGUGCAACAUCUGCAAUGUAGUCAACCUGGACCGCGACCAAUGACCAAUCAGAGGUUGUUAGGGUGGGGUCACAUGGGGUGGGGGGGGGCUGGGGGACGUUUGAUAGGAACGGAGAAGGGUUGAAUUAUGAUGUUAUGAGUCCUGGAUAUUUUACUAUCUUUAAGUUGUUUCAGUGAGAACUUUUGUAGAGGGCUGGGGUAAAGUGUGAUUUUUUUCAUUUUGUUUUAAAUGUUUGUAUUUAAAGUUGUUUCCCCCUUUUUAAGAAGAUGUCUUUUUGUCUUUACUUAAAUAAAUAAAAAACAGCAAGAAAUA